AUGCGCUUCAAUAGGUGUCUAAUUGCCCCGGACACAAUAGAAAUACAAAUUCAUGGGUUUUGUGAUGCAAGCGAACGGGCCUACGGAGCUUGUAUAUACCUGCGAACCACAGAUAGACAAGGACAGCACAAGUCCCUUCUUGCCUGCUCCAAAUCUCGGGUCGCACCGGUUCAUCCUGUUACUUUACCUAGAUUAGAACUCUGCUCCGCCCAGCUAUUGUCUCGGUUGUAUGCCUCUUUAUUUCCAGCUCUAACACAUUUAGAGGUAAAAAAGGUAAUUUUCUGGUCGGACUCGACUAUUGCAUUGCAUUGGAUAUUAACUCCACCGCAUAAAUUAAAAACAUUCGUUUCUAACAGAGUAGCUGAAAUUCAAGAGAUUACACAAUCUCAUGAGUGGAAACAUGUUCCUUCUCAAGAUAACCCAGCCGACUUGUCUUCGCGAGGAAGAAGUCCAACAGAAUUUUUGACAGACCAUAUUUGGCAAUAUGGACCUUCUUGGCUCAGUCAAGAUGAAAAUACUUAG